AUGCUCUGCCGCGGCGAGCACGACUACGGCAGUGCCCCACCCAAAGACCACUGUCCACCCGGCGCUAUGGACACGCAUCCAGAUCAGCGCAAGCAGACACCGUUCGACAUUCCGGAACUCUUCACCCAGAUCCUGGAGGAACUUCCACCACGCGAGCUGUUGAAAGCGACGGGUAUCAACAGGGCAGCGCGCGAGCUCGUUCAUACCACAUCCGCCCUUCACCGAGCCUUAGGCCAGGUCCCCGAUCCGCAGAGUGAUUUCUGGGUGCCUCUUCUCGGCAGCCUGGACGAUACGCGCGCGCGCCGCUGUGGCAUCGACGUCAAAAUCCUUCCGCUUGUGCCAUACGACUUCCCGACACCAGACCAAAUGUGUGGGUUGAAAGCUAAGCUUCAGUUCGGCCGCACAUCAGAAAGAUCUGUUGGCCUAUCAGGGCAUCUCCCCAAAGCCGCAGGGCAAAGUCGCAGCAUCCUUAUUUGCCAACCUCCGGUCUUCGAAGUGAUCGUGACUCUGCGCUGUGCUCCUUACCGUGGCCUCGGGCUCUCGAAGGAGCAAAUCGCUAGAAGAACCAAGGGUCGCCAGUACAAAAGCCGCGCAUGUGUAGUGCAAUCUAAGACCGGUGUUACCAUUGGCGACCUCGCGGACGCUGCCUCGACGUUGGAACGCAGCCACAUGGCCCAGAUGGAUUACCCCAUGGAUUGUGCCCAUAUGAACUCGGAUACUACAUGCCCAGCAGAUGUGCUGCCCUGGUUCAACGUCAGCUUCAAACUCAGGCUGACGAAAGCAAACGCGCUGGUGAGGAAAUACGCAGAGGCGAUGGAGUCCAGUGUCAUGAAGGGCACGGACUGGCUUCGGAAUCUCCUUAUGUACAAGCUGGAGAUGAUGGAAGGGCUGUCGCGCGGCGAGGAUCCAGUGACCUUCGAGGAGUGGAAAGCUGAUCGUAUCGGGUAG